AUGACAACCAACGGGUGUGAUGGCGGAGGAGGAGGAGGAAGCGGAAGGAUUGAUAAAAAUAUAUUAGAUGUUAAAGGCGACAGUAAUGUCGGCAAAACAUGUAUUGUUCACCGAUUUUGUGAUGAAAACUUCAUCGACGGUUACAUUUCAACAAUUGGCAUCGAUUUUAAGCAAAAAUUAAUCAAAUCCAAUGAUAUUCCUAUUAAAUUACAAAUUUGGGACUCUGCGGGUCAGGAGAGGUUCCGCACACUAACCACUGCCUACUAUAGGGGAGCGAUGGGAAUCAUUUUGAUGUAUGACGUGACCAAUACUGACUCUUUCAAACACAUCCCAUAUUGGUUUCAAAACAUUGAAGAGAAUGCAUCGGCGGAUGUAAUUAAGGUAUUGGUGGCCAACAAGAGUGACGCCCAACAGCUCCGAGUUGUGGACUGCGAGUCGGGCCAGAAGUUGGCCGAACAGUAUUCGGUGCCCUUCUAUGAGUGCAGCUGUAAAUCCAAUCUUAAUAUACACGACAUCUUCAAUGAAAUGACUCAAUUGAUUCAUAAACAAUACGAUCAAAGAGAAGAAAAACAACGAAUUAUUAAGAGAACAAGUGUUUCGUGUCUUUAUGUUUGCGCCGUUCGGCGGGAGUGCGGCCUAACCCUAACCCGGAGGCCAACCCAGUUGUCGGCCACCGAUCACAUGCAGAUGGAUGUGAUAUACAGACUGACAGCCAUUCUUUCCAUUGUUAAUCACAACUCGAUAUCCGUCUUGUAA